GGUUCUGUCAAACGGUUCCCAAAAACAAUGUCUUCUCUAUUCCGCGUCCAAACGCCCGGCACUCAGACCAGUGGCCCGAGUGGUCAGUAUUUGGUACAAUUCAGAGCCGGCAAAAUGAUCCGCUCCGGCACUACGGUGAGUCCAGUGAAGGACCGCAAAGGACUGGUAUAUCUUCAUCAGAGCGACGACUCGUUGAUUCACUUUUGUUGGAAAGACAGAGAGACCGGACAUCUGGAGGACGAUCUGAUACUAUUCCCAGAGGACGCCGUCUUCGAGAAAGUGGUUCAGUGCACGACUGGUCGCGUAUUUGUCCUCAAAUUCGUGGCCAACGAUCGCCGAUAUUUCUAUUGGAGUCAAGAGCCGAACGCCGCCAAAGAUGACGAAUUGGUGGCCAAAUUCAAUGAGAAUAUACGCAGCCCUCCUGUGCCCGGAGCUGUUGCUGGCGGUGGUAGUGGUGUGCCAUCACCUGAUGAUAUACAGACACUGUUGAACAGUAUGUCUCGCGCAGAGAUCGAGACAUUGAUCGCAGACCCGCGGCUCUCAACCAUCGGAUCCAACGUCUCCUCUUGCGAUCAGUUCCUGGACAUGAUGUUAGGCGGCGAAGAAGAGCACGCGAUACUACUCUGCAAUUACUUCCUAUACCUGGAGAAACGGGCGGCCAUUUUGCUGGGCUAUGGCAUACCCGAGGGUCUGACCGCUUACGUGAUUGUCUUCGAGUACGGCCGCGACCCCUAUGUCUUCAACGCGUCCACCGGUGAACAGUAUAGCGUCAGAGAU